AUGCUGCCAAAUCAUUCCAAUGCUAAUGUACAUACUGAUAGUCAAGUUGCUAUUGAAGUUUUAAAAAAGAGUUACAGAGGAGACUUUCAAGGAUUUCAAGAAGAAUUCUUUGGUACCAUUAAGGAUAAACAUUUAAAUAUCCAUCUAGUUAAAGUGAAAGGGCAUGAAGAUCCAGAGAAUAUUAUAGUUGAUAAAUUAGCAAAAGAAGGUGCACAAGGACAAAAUAUGAUUGAUAUUACCAAACUAUUAUCCCAAAACCAAAAGAUUUUAAUUAAUACUAAUAAGAAAACAAUCAUCUUUGACUAUAGAAAAUACAUCAAAGAUAUCCAGAGAAAAGAAUAUUUAGAUAUUGUUGAGGAUAAAUCUGACUUACCUUUUAACCAAAGUCAGUCCCUCACUAAUAUCAAUUUGAAAUAUAUGGAUCAAAGAUUUGACACUGAAACCAAAUUGUCAAUUUGGAGAAACAUGACCGACUCACAUAUUAGACAAUUCCGUCAAGUUUAUUGUGAUAACUGUGAAUGUGAAGUGGAUUUGGAACAUUUCAUAUACUACUGUGAAGAAACCGAAUGUUUUAGAAGAUAUUUCUUAACUAAAUUCACGAAUCUUACAGGAGCAUCCUGUAAGCUUCGUCCCCAUGACACUUUUUGGGAUAGACACAAUUCAAUUCUCAAUUUAAAUCAUAGAGGCUUUAUUAAGGCUUUAAAUAUUAUUUUAGUUAAAUCCUAUAAUCCUAAAAUCAUUGAUAAUUGGCAUGAAAUUCAAAGUCUAUUAUCACUACUUGUUGGUAAAGCACACAGAAAAUAUUACUCAUGUUCUCUUAAUUCAAGAUAA